UUGCUUUCACCAGAGCUUCUCCCUACCCAGCCUAGCCUCACCGCUGACCUGCUAGUUCGGUCCGGGGCACGACUGAUUGUCCCGCUGCUGGUGUUCAUUGAUGCCGGUCAGGUGCCACACGGAGAGAGUGGAGACGCGGUGCUGCGCGCGGUGGAGACGGCGCCACCGCAUGUCGCUGGAAAUCACGAGCUGCGGGGAGUGCCACGAUCCCCCGCCCAGGGGUGGAUUCGGCGACCCGCGGGUGGUGGUGUGGCGACCAGCGCGUGACGGUGCUGGGACCAGCGUCCGCCGGUGCUGGAACCAUUGAUGUUGGAAGCUACAUCCAGCGACUCCGCGCGCUGCAACGGCGAUGGCCAGGAGUUGCGAUGAUGGUGCCCCCGUGCUACAUCCGUCAACGACAGAAGCUACAUCCGGCUACAACGAAAGCUACAUGCGUCGACGACAAAAGCUACAUUCGGCUCAGCUACGACUGGCCCUUGCAAAAGCUGCAACCGGCAAGUCGACGGGCUGCGACCUGCGACCGACGGCUGGGAAAGCUUCAACCGUUGCAUGAGGAAGCUACAACCAGCGCCCAUAGAAGCUACAACCGGCGAGGCAACAAACGCGACUGGCGGCUUAGAAAGCUACAACCGGUGGUGGGAAAGCUGCAACUGGCGCCUCCGGAAGUUGUGACCCAGCGGCCCGAAAUGCUGGAACCGGUGGCACGGCGUGCUACAACCAGCAAGGCUGCGCUCUACGACGGCAACGUUUUCUUUGCUGGAACCAUUUACAUGGUGAUGCAAGCCGAUGACGGCGGCGAGCCAGAGGCGGUGACCAUGGGAUGUUGCAACCACGGUCACCCCGUCCUGGGACCGGCCAUUGGAGAGCUGCAGUCGAAGUAGGGAACCCACCGGUGCUCGUGCUGCAAUCUCGCGGUCGACGACGGUGAGGGCUUGGAACAGGCCAGCGCGGUGGCACGAGCGCCGGCAAGGUCGAGUGGCGUGGGUGGCCGUAAUACAUGGGAUGCAGAGGACCUGUCCAGGCGGUCAGCGAGACAGUUUUCAACGUGUUUGACUUUUAUUCAGGGUGUUUAGCGAUACACAUGGACGGUUUAAGUGUGCUGUAUCCUACAGUCACGGGGCGACCGGCCCAAUUUGGGCUGGCGCACCGGCGCCUAUCAGUACCCAAAAAAAAAAUCCCAGCUUCUUAAUCCGAUUCAAA